GAAUACUUCUUCGUGUAAUAUCGAAGUUCUGAUUCUGUACCUGUUCUGGUGCACCUUUGCUGACUCUGUGCAUUUUACCUUCGCCGUCCAAGUAUGUGAGGGCAGUCCUCUUGUCAGUUGGGUUAAAGGGGAGGAAGUGAAUUUCUCUAAUGCCGGCUCGUGCCUUCAAAAGGUAAGCCAUUGUAAUUUGUAAAGUGAAAAACUAGAAAUUUCCAUUCUGAAGGAGAGAUGAUAUGUUCAGGUGGAAAAAAGAGAGUACCUCCUUAGGGUCUCCUAACAUGUUAACAAUUGCAGUAUCAAUGGCGUCUUGGUUCUCAAGCCUUGAUGCUCUGGCAGCCAUCAGCACGACCAAAUCCUUGUCAACACCCCUGGCGAAAACCUAAUGAUCAUGAAGGCAGGCUAUUAGCUACUCUGCAAUCCAGGUUGAGCCAGAGUAUACUCCAUCUCCAGGACUUUUGGUCACAGGGAUCUCCUUCGAGAAGGCGGGCGUCAGCAGGAAUGAUAUCACCAAGCUUGAUGCUGACAAUGUCUCCAGGCACCAAAACAGCAGCAUCUUCCUCACUCCAUCUACCAUUUCGAAGGACCUUGGCCUUUGGCGCCAGCCGAGCCAUGAGAGCAGCAGCUGCAUUACCAGCGUUGUUUUCCUCUAUGAAACUGAUAGUGGAGUUGAUUAUGAGCAGCACUAUGAUGCCAACGAAAUCAUGGUAAUCUGCACUCUUCCCCUGCAUUUACCCAGAUUACAAAUUCCCUCGAUCAAAAUUUCUCUGUCUGUCAAGAACAUGUUCAGCAAAGGGAAAAAGAAAGGAACUUUGAAAGACAUACCCCUCCAUGGGCAAGAGUAAUGGCCAUGAGAGCGGCAGCUUCCAUGACCCAUGAAAGAGGAUUCCACAUAAACCCCAAGAACUUGAGGAAUUUGUUUUCAGUCUUCUCUUCAAGCUUGUUAUAUCCAAACAGCUCCAACCGCUCUUGAACUUCGUCAGAGCUCAGACCUUCUCUUGUGCAUUUGAGAUGCUCAAAGACUUCUUCCAUUGGUGCAUUUUCCUGUCGAAGGAUCAAAAGGUCAGCCAAAUACAUAGACGGGCGAAAAGAAAGCGAUUAUUGUACAUUGUACAAAGUAAGUUAGCAGAUCUUGUUCAUUCACGUACCAGAUCGACCGAUUCUUUCAUAACUGCAUCAAGUGACUGGACACCCAUUAUGUCUUCCCUUUCCGGGCUAUAGCUAUUCGAUUGAAAAGAAAGCAGCAGAUAGCUCCUGGAUUGCCUUCUUCCAAAGAACUUGCUGUUUGAACUACUUUAAAUUUUCAGAGGAAGGAAAACUUAAAUCAGAGGAAACACAGGAAGAUGAUCAAUGAUUGGUGGGUUGAGGAUGAAGAGAGAUUGUGGGAACUCUACUAUAUAUAUGAAAACAGAAUGGCAGAAGGGAACAAAUGAAAGAAUGAUUUUUUAGAGGACAGAGAGAAGACAAUGAUAAGAAGUAGGAGACCGAAAAGAGAAGGGUCUUUAGUUUGGCAACUAUUGCGGCUAACUGGUGGAAUUAAGCUCUAUUUUGGAAAAUGGACAGCUUUAUGAACAUUCUUUUUUCUUGCUUAAGAAGAUCCGCCAUGGGGCCUUAGUGUCUGUGGCCAUCAGGGAGAUGCUCUUCCCUGUAAGCCUGCCCCCAGCAGCAUGCUACCUUCAGUCCUCUUCGAACUGUAAAAAGAAUCGUCAUAUCUCCGUCGCAGCCAGUGUUCUCGUUCACACUGUGGGAACUAAUAACAGCUGCAAUCCGAGGAUAUAGGUAGGCACCAACGCAGCAGCGGAGGCUUUUCCACCGCGAAUUGACAAGACCAUGUCAGCUGCUGUCCUUUGUUGCUUGAUUAUGAAUUGCAAAGUAAAAUAUCAAAACUACUUUCUAGCAGCCCUAGAUUGCUGCUACAAGCAGCGUGAAUGAAUCACGCCCUUUUUUGCAUCGCUGUGUGCUGUUGGGAAAUAAGAUUUAGUAGAAAAGGCAC